AUGCAGUCGGUUAAAAUUCUCGUCAGCAGCAUGUCCAACUGGUUGUGCCGCUUCCUUCUGGUGUUGUUAGGAGAGUAUCUCGUCCACGCAUUGGAUCCCAAUGACUUUCUUAAAUCAACCAUCGCCAAACACAACUACCCGGUGGAGCUGCAUCCGGUCAGCUCCGAUGGUUACCAUCUUACCAUGGCCCGAGUACCCAAGCCGGGAAAGCCGAUCCUCUUUUUGAUGCACUCCUUCCUGAGUUCAUCCACCGAUUUCACCGUAUUGGGACCAAAGAAUUCGCUUGCCUUCGAAGCCUUCGACAGCGGUUUCGACGUAUGGUUAGCAAAUGGCCGAGGAAACACCUUUUCCCGAUCGCAUCGAUCCCUGCACCCAUCGGAGAUGGAGUUUUGGGACUUUAGCUUCCACGAAGUGGCAACCCAGGACAUUCCUACCAUGAUUGACUACGUGCUGAACGUCACCGGAAGAAGCAAGGUUCACUACGUUGGACACUCGCAGGGAGGGACUAACUUUCUGGUUAUGGCAUCGAUGCGUCCGGAGUACAACCGAAAGAUCGGCAGUGCGCACUUGUCUUCACCGGUUGCGUUUUGGUCCCGGAAUACGACACCGUUGAGCUAUUUUUACGACGAAGUUCUAAUGCUGACUCAGUUUAUGAAACAGAUUCGGAUGUACGAAAUUGGCAGCAGAACCAACAGAAAUCUGAUGGAGUACGUUCAGAUGGCCAUCGAUGGGGGUUGCAUCACGCAUGACAUGCUGAUGCUGGCAAUGGGCCUGUUAGUGGGGGAUCAUCGGGAAACAUUCAAUGGAACCAGUUUGGAGGCGGUCUUGACAGUAUUUCCUGCGGGAGGAUCGCUUCGGCAGGGAUUGCACUUUCUGCAGACGAUGAAAUCGGAACGGUUCUGUCAGUAUGACUACGGAGAGCAGGAGAAUCUGAAACGGUACGGAGAGGUUGGGCCACCGGAUUAUGCACUGGAAAAAAUCACGGCACCGGUGGCUCUGUACUAUGGGAUGAAUGAUCCGUUUUUGGCGAUCAGCGAUUUGGAUCUGCUCGCAGGGAAGCUACCGAACCUGGUGCUGAAGCACAGGCUUGCGGAUUUGAAGUGGAAUCAUAUAGAUUUCAUUUUCGGGUCCCAUGGGAGCGAGGCACAUCAAGUGGUUCUGAAGCUGGCCACGGAAUAUGAGUGA